AUGCUUGAUCCGUCAUGGACGCGAGCACGCAAAUUCCCAUGUUCUGCUGCUAGCGCUGCCCCAUCUGCAUCACGUCCAUACAAUCUCAAGCUAGCAAAAGACUCGAGCAUUAAACAUCCAAGAAAAAUGCUUCUGAGGAGCGCAUCAACUUCAGCAGCUGGACCCUUCUUUUCACCCUUCUCAGCCAGCCCUGAUAGAGACUUUGACACUGUUAACAACUCCCACACCAAGUCCAACCACAUCAAACACUACCCACUUUUUCAUGACCACAGGCUAUCACUCCCUCAUGGUUUGCCCCACCUCAACUUGACACCAUUAUCAGGCAGCAGCUCAUCUCCACUCUCUGAACUCAAUCAAGAAAAGGCUAGUUUUCGACUUAACAGCUUUCGAAGAGCUUGGUCCGAUAGUAACUUGGACGAUUUAGUCUAUACAUGGUCUUGUGAUCAAGACGAGUUUCAUAACUCAACUACUACACCAAACAAGUUUCCGUAUAGACAUCACAAGAGAAUGUUGCAUUCUUCACCUUCUUUUUCGAUAUUUAACAAAAAUGAUGGACAAGAAGAUGAAGAACUCAAUAGGGUAGAUAUGGGAAGAGAAGAAGAUUUGAUGAGAACUAUUACCAUUGGAGAAAACAUAGAAUCAAUUGGUAGUGGGGAUUUCAGUUUUGGAAAGAAGAGCAUGGGGUUAAUACAGGAGGAAGGAGAGGAGGACCAGGAACAAGGAUCAAAUGAGAUUGAGAAUACAGAUAUUGAAGAAGUAAGAGAACCGGUUAGUCCUCCCAUGUAUCUUGCUACAGGGCUUGGGAUUGAUGAUAUAGAUUUCGGUGGUGAUAGUGGCGGCCGCGGCGGUUUUAAUUUAAGUUUUCCGAACUUUGACGAGAGUGGGCCGAGUGGUGAUGUGGAAGAGUAUUAUAAGAAGAUGAUUUAUGAGUAUCCCUGCCAUCCUUUGCUUCUAUCAAACUAUGCCCGGCUCUUGCAGUCUAAGGGAGACCUCCGUGGAGCAGAUGAAUAUUAUCAUCUCGCCACACUGGCAGAUCCUGUGGAUGGUGAAAUUCUGAUGCAGUAUGCGAAAUUGCAAUGGGAGCUGAACCAUGACAAAGAUAGAGCAUUAAUUAACUUUGAACGUGCAGUUCAGGCAGCCCCUCAAAACAGUAGCAUGUCUAGUAUUGUGGUGGAGAUUAAGUUGAAAAGGACCCUAGACAUCAAUUUGAUGAUUUCAAGUGCAAAAGCUCUUCCAGCUGCAGUGAUGCAAGACAAAUAUCGUGCAUGGACUUUGAAAAUGAUUGCAACCGAAUUCCAUGUUCUUGCAGCUUAUGCCAGUUUUCUCUGGGAAAUAGCAGGUGAUGGGGAAUGGGAUACAUCUCAACCAGAAUAUAUCCAGGUUGGAAUGGAGAGGAGGGAAUUCCAACUAAGCUUGACAGAUAUGGAAGACUAUGCUGCAUCUGAUGCCAACAAGGGUGGUAAUACUGAGGAGUAUUAUAGGAGGAUAGUUGAGGAAAAUCCUUGCAACUCUUUGGUUCUAAGAAAUUAUGCUGAGUUUCUGUAUCAGAAACAUAAAUACAAGUCUUUGAUGAUGAUUAGGAUGAUUUUGCAAACAUAUUCUGUAUUUAGAAUAGCGUCACGUGCAAAACUGAAAAAGGCCACAACAUGGCGCAGAGAUCACAGUGCAAAUUCUAGGUUAGGUGCUUCCAAGAGAGAUCUUGAAGGCGCUGAGGAAUACUACUCUCGAGCCAUACUAGCUGAUCCUGGUGAUGGUGAAAUCCUGUCACAGUAUGCAAAAUUGGUGUGGGAAAGUUAUGGUAACCAUGAUAAAGCCUUGUGUUACUUUGAGCAAGCAGUUCAAGCAACUCCUAAGGACAGCCAUGUUCUCGCAGCAUAUGCUAGUUUCCUAUGGGAAACAGAAGAAAAUGAUGAAGAUAGCACAAGUCAAUUUCAGAUGCCCAAUCACCAUGGAGGUGCUAUAGCAGCUGCCAAUGCUUAA